AUGUCGGGCCCGCUGCUGGCGAUCAAACCCCGCGGGCUGCUGCGGCGCCUCGUCCUCUGCCACCACAUCUGCCUCGAGGCGCGGAACCUCAGGAUCGACUACAUCGGCGACUAUAUGCACCUGCCUGCGCUCACGGCCGCGCUCCAAGGGGCGCACGGUGGUGGCCUCUUGUUCGCGCGGCUCCCGGACAGCUUCGGAGCGGCCUCGGACAGCUUCGGAGCGGCCUCGGGUAGCCUCGGAGCGGCCUCGGACAGCUUCGGCGGGAUGGUCUUCCGCGCAGCUCCAGGUGCAAGGUACCUGUGCUGCUCCGAGGUGCGCGGCAAUGGCGUACCAUCAUGCACCUUGUCGCUGGUUGGAGGCUGGGGGCUCUACAGCACAGCCGCAGGGGGGGGGGACAAGGGCGCAGGGCGACGCGAGUGCGCGGCCCGCACCUGGCAGGCCCCGCCAGCUAUGGCGCGCGUCAAAGCCUACGAGCUCCGCUCGAAGACCUCCAAGGAGCUGUUGAAGGAACUCGACGAGAUGAAGUCCGAGCUCUCCCAGCUGCGCGUGGCGAAGGUGGCUGGCGGCGCCGCUUCGAAGCUCGCGAAGAUCAAGGCGGCCGGGCUGCUUGGGCCACGGUUCAUAUCGCAAGGCAUUGUCGCCUCACAGCCGGGGGCCAAUCCCAAGGACGACGGAGCUUCUGGCCUCUGCGAGCGCUACCAGGGGAACCCAGCUUGGAAUUUCUGCACGGCCUGGCUUAUGGCAGGCUGUCUCAAGACUGGAGAGCCCGUCCUGGGCCCAGUGGCCCACGGCGUGGUCGCCCUCGGCUCGGGGUCCAUGCGGACAGCGGGAGCAGCGGAGCUCGGCUCGGGAUUGAGGUGGUCCCAGCGGGCGGCCCUCGCGCCGUCCCGGGGCGCCGCCCCGUGGGCGGCGCCCCUCCCGGGGCGGGCGCUCCGCGCCUCGGGGGGAGAGGCGGAGAAAGAGGAGGAGAGCGUGUGCGAGGCGUCCAGCGGUGGCUGCGACGCGCAGCCGGGCAAUCUGUGCAUCGGGGGCAAGCUGUCUCCGGAGCUGCUCGUGCUGGGCGCGGAGAAGGCCGGCUCCACGAGCCUCUGCGAGAUGUUGUCCGAAAGCCCAGGUCUCGUGUUCAGCGCGGAGCCGGUGCACCGCAAGCGGGAGGACGGGAAGCGGCGCGUCAAGAAGGAGGCGCAGCUGUUUUCCAAUCCGAAGAAGUUCCAGAGGUUCGGCCUCAGGUUUUUUCCCGAAUGCACCCAGGCCCCCCGGCGCGUGGCAGUGGACUGCUCGCCCCAGUAUCUGUACACUCCUGGCACGACGCAGCGCAUUAUCGACUGGUACGGACCUAGCGCGCCGCGGCUGACGCUCCUGGUUCAGCUGCGGGACCCAGUCAGGCGUUUCCAGUCGUCGUUCCAAUUCUGGAGGAGGGUCAACGACAGGGCCAACACGGCGCAGUUCGCCGACUGCGCGAGGAGGGCGCUGGAGAGCAGCGCCACGAGGCGGCCCCCCUCGCACGCCUGGAUGGAGAACUGCGACAUGAACCUCAACAGGACCAUGUACGCGGAGCAGCUGGCUCCCUACCUCGAGGCGUUCCAACUGCUGUUUGGUUCUUCUGCCCUCGUGGUGCCCAUGUCCUACACCGUGGCUCCGGGCCAGGGCGACCUCCCAGACGUGCCCGAGUUCGUGUGGCGCCGCCUCGGGGUGGCCCUGCCGGGCUCGCCGCGGGCAGUGCUGCACGAGACGAGGAACGACCACGCCACGAUAGAGGACGACCUCGGGCCCGCCCUGCUCUCCCGCCUGCGCGCCCUGCUCGACGAGCGCACCGGCGCGCGCGUGCUGGCCAGGCUGUUCGCCGCGCCGCGGGGCGGCGGCCCCACGCUCUACGGGUACGGCGGCGCGCCCGGCGACGAGGAGGCCAUCGCCGCCUGGUUGGCCUCCCGGUGGUGA